AUGUCCCGGCUGUGUCGCUCCGCCCUGCAGCCCAGUGUGAUUUUUUACGUAAAAAAGGGGCGUAGUGAUUUUACGCAGAAAGAGCAGACCCGGCCGGUGGCAGACUGGCAGUCCCGUGCCGGUGUCCGAUGGGCGUUUAUAAAACAUGUCCGCCGGUUUCCGUGGGUCACCAACGUUACUCUGUACGGUUGUCUUUUCGCCGGAGGGGACUUCGUCCACCAGUGGUUCUCGCGCAGGGAGGAAGUGGACUGGAGACACACGCGCAACGUCGCUGUGGUCGCAUUCAGUUUCCAUGGUAACUUUAAUUUCUUCUGGAUGCGGUUUUUGGAGCGGAGGUUUCCCGGGAACUCCGCCCGGAUGGUGGUGAGGAAGCUGCUGCUGGACCAGACCACGGCCGCACCGCUGGCGACCAGCGUCUUCUACACAGGUGUCAGCUUCUUGGAGGGCAAAGAGGACAUCUUUGAAGACUGGCGAGAAAAAUUCCUGAACACGUAUCGGACGGGGCUAAUGUUCUGGCCAUUUAUGCAGUUUGUGAACUUUGCCUUGGUGCCUCUGUACGUGCGGACCACCUUCACCGGCUGCUGUGCCUUCGUCUGGGCCACCUUCCUUUGCUUCUCACGUCAGAGCGGUGACGGCACGGCCGGCGCCGCUCUGGCGUGGAUGUUCCCUCCAAAAGAGGAAGAGGCAGAAGCCACAAAGGAGAAAGUAGACUCCAAGGACAAGACAGAUGUUGCCAAAGAAGCAACAGUAGCAUCUAAACCCAAGUGAAGUGUGUAGAGUCAGUGGUUGUUGUGGAGGGGAGAGAAACACAUGCAGAAAAAGCAGCAGUCUGAACAGGUCACAGCUGGUUCAGUGGUUGAUGUUGCACUAUCACUGCCAGAGUUCAAAGUCUCACUGGGGUUGAACUGUAAAUGUGCGGCGUCACGACGCUCUAAGGUGCUUUGAGAAACAGCAAAUGGAAUGUAUAUACAGUAACCUUAUCAAUAUGCAUAUCACCUCAGUGAGAAAAUGUGAUUCAGGCGUACUUCUCCACCCCACAAUGAACCAUCACCGUGCUAUAUUUGUCAUUAGGUUUUGUUUUUCAGAAAUUCAGCCUUGUGUUGUCAUAUUCCCCUUAUUUAAUGGACUGUGUGUAAUGAUACUGGAAUAAUUUAUGAGGACUUUAGCGUUUGGGAAGGAAGCUGUGAUGAUGGUUGAUGUUCCACAUUCCUCUGCUUUACAUCUAUAACCUGGAAUUAUUUCCACAAAGUGGAGCGGCAGCUAACUUAUAACCUUAGACUUUUAAUUUGAUAAAAUUGGGCUAAUUUUUAAAAUGUAAUGGCCCAGUGUGUUGGAUUUAGUGGCAUCUAGCUAUGAGGUUUUAGACUGUAUCAACUGAAACUUCACCCAUGUGCCAAGCGAGUAGAGCUACGGUGGCUGACACAAAAACGCAAAUGUUCCUAUCAUGAGCCAGUGUUCAGUUUGUCCUUUCUGGGCUACUGUAGAAACAACAUGGUAGGCUCCAUGGAACAGGACCUGCUCCAUAUGUGGUUAAAACGUCUUAGGCUUAGGGUUUAUUUAUGCUUAAUGUGGAACCUUCUGUUUGUCUCUGUUCAUUUUGUCCGCACUUGUGCAAGUUUUCUGGAAACUUACAGAUACGGACAAAGAGGAGCAGCAUCACCUGAGAUUAUGGGGGGAGUGUAGCGUAGUUCAAGCUAGAUAAGACCAUAAAGGACAAUGAAGAAAAAGAAUUGGAAUAGAAUAAAUCUCUAAUAUUUGAAUGAAUUCUCCGUCCACAUGUCGCAAUGUAUUUAACGGCCUCACAGAUCACCGCCGUCCACAACAAUGCCUCUAUUAAAGUCCACCUCCCUCGCCUCAUUUAUUUUUGUUUUAAACUCUUAACGAUGCCCUCUAGUGUCACCUAUUGGCUGUGUCUAUGCCAGCAUACAGGACACAUGGCAGUAUGAGGGCAAAGACGUUUACCAUGUUUGAAAUCUGUAUUUGGACAUAAAAUUACUUUAUAUGAGCCCUUAGUAACAAAAACAUGACUCUUAGUUUCAUUUUAUAUUCCGUUUCUGCCAGUAGAUGCCCCUAAAUCCUACACACUCAACCUUUAAAUAUCUCUGGUUUUUUAGCAGGUGUUUCGACUGUCAUCUGUGACUGCAACAGAGUGCCUGAUCUAUCCGCUUUCCAGUUUACAUUCUGGUACAAAAAGUGCUAAAUGCAUAUGUUCAAUGGUACCACUAAUCUUUGUUUAUCAUAUAAUAUAUCACUUUGUUAUUCAUUUAUAGGUAGGUACUUUAUGCACAAGUGGCCAUAAUGAACCAAGAAAACAGUCAAACAGCACAACAACACUAAAACAUAUCUAAAACACAUUUUUGAUUACCACAUUUUCAACCAUUGCUCCUUUGUGGCAAUGAGAUACUACUGAUGAUUAAUUUGAGUCUAUUAAUGACUGAGGAAGGUUGUCUCAAAUAUACUUGAACGUGGAAAUGCUGCCUGUUGUCGUACUUUAUGUUAGUGUGAUACUGUGCAGUGAUUUCUGUUGUCUCUUUGCACCAUUUCCUAGUUUAUUUAAUCAUUUGCUAUUCUAACGUUUUUAACUUUACCUCAGUGAAAAUGUUACUUUAAAAGUUUCCUUGCCUGCAGUGAUUCUUGACGUUAGAAGUUUUCUAUAGAGGUAAUUUUUAUAUAUAGCUCAGUGCAAGAGCUGAGUGUUAAUACUAGAAUUUAAAACACGUUUAAGGUAAACUUCUUUCAGAUAAUUAACAAUGAAAAACAGAAUUAAAUUCACUUUUGUUUCCAAGCAUUACUGAAAUUCUGGUGUCACAGAGAGAUGUUUUUUUUGUUUUGCUAAUGUGAUUGGUCCUAAAGUUGAGUUUGACUGCAUUUUGAAGAAGAAUGUGCAAGAGACACUGCAUGAUUGCAUUAUGUGAUCUGUCUCACAGAACUGGAUUAAAACCGAAUAAUUUUAAUAAUAUGACAGUGUUUGAAUUGGGGGCAAGAAAAACAAUGUAAUCGCUACAGCUGUUUGAUCCCUUUUAUCAGACAUCAUUUAAAUUGCAUCCUAAAGUGUAAUAACGUAUCAGUUGUUAGAGUGUUUGUUUCUGUUUAUUAAGUCAUUAAAGGAAUACUUCACCUGCAAAAAGACUGUUUGUUAUUUCUGUUUUAAUACUCACUCCAUGCUGGCUUGAAUUUAUGAAAAACGUUUGUUGAACAGAGAAUUCAAAAACUUCUUAAUGAAAUUUAACUUACAGUCGUAAUUGUUCACAUUUAACAACAGUUAAACUAUAGCAAAACAUCUGUUUACAAAGUCUUGUACAACUCAAGCAGUGCAAGUUUACGGCAGCUUUAUUGUCAAUUCUGCCAUGGACAGGAUUGAAAUGCCCUCUUGCCCAGAACCCCCGGUGUAAAAAUACAAGUGCACAAACAAAAGAACAGAAAAGGUAUAAAAAAAUAGGUAUGUACUAAAUAUAAGUAAUACAACUUCAAGUAUAAAUGGGACAUGAGUGAUUAUUUCUAUAACGUAGUGAAUGAUUAUUGUGCAAAUGGGAUGAAUAGUGCAAAUAUAAUAAAAAAUUCAGACGUAAUAAUCCAAGUCUCAUUUAUCGAGUCGUACACUCAGUAUUCCCAAGCACAAACAUUUUUUUUGCUAAAACGUUAUGAUUUAAAAUACGUCUACAAACAAUCACAGGGCGUUUAUAUUAUAUUGUUGACUGUGACUGUGUUUGGGAAGUAUUAAGCAUACGACUGGAUAAAUGAGACAUGAAUUAUACUGCACAAGUUGUGUGAGAGUUUGUAGAUGGAUGUUUUGAUAUGGUUUUGCUAACUGUAGA